UUUACAACCAGUCCGCCAGAAGUCCUCAACCAAAAGUCCAAAAGUCCUCAGCCUUAACUAAACCUAAGAACACAUACAGUAGACCGCCGCUGGCAGCAUGUCGCGACCACUCCGACCAGUCCGCCACAACUCCUCAGCCAUCCUCCAUCGCCAAUCCUCUGCAUCUCUUACAACCAGUUUUUCAGCGCUUCACAAGUAACCGAAUCCCUUGUUAUUUCUUUCUGUUUCCUCGCACAAUCAGCCAGGAAACUACCAGGAAUGAAUCCAUCUAAUAAUGCUGGUGCAUCCCGAAGGGCAAGUCUAAAUAACAAAAAUGAAGAUGAACACCCUUUGUGGAAAUAUGUCACAAAAUAUGAUAAAGGCGAAAGGGUUAAUGUGGGUGGUAAUGCAACAUGGAUCUGCCACUUUUGCAAUCAAGAAAAGCAAGGGUCAUACACUAGAGUUAGAGGCCACUUAUUGAGAAUUUCUGGGAAAGGUAUUAAUGCGUGUCCAAAAGUUUCUCGUGACAAUAUAAUUGAAAUGAACAAAUGUGAAGAUGAAGCAUCCAUUGCAAUUCAAAGUUCUCAACCUAAAACAGUGUCUUUGCCCACACAUGGCUCAAGUUCCUCAAUUCAAGAGCCAACUAGUUCCAGUUCUGUCAACAAGAGGAAAAGGGUGAACGAUUCUGUCAUUGGUAGAGCUUUUGAUAUGCACACUAGAGAUCAACUUGAUGCACAUAUAGGUCGAAUGUUUUUUACUGGAGGGUUGCCAUUUAAUUUGGCUCGAAAUCCUUAUUAUGUGAGUGCAUUCACAUUUGCUGCUAAUCAUUCUCUAGGUGGCUAUAUUCCUCCAGGAUACAAUAAAUUGAGAACAACAUUGCUUCAACAGGAGAAAGCUCAUGUCCAACAAUUACUAGAACCCAUUAAAAGUACUUGGGUAGAAAAAGGAGUGAGCAUUGUGAGUGAUGGAUGGGGAGACCCACAACGAAGACCUUUGAUUAAUUUCAUGGUUGUUUCUGAAGCUGGCCCGAUGUUUAAUAGAGCUUGUGAUUGUUCGGGGGAGAUUAAGGAUAAGGAAUUCAUUGCUGCACUAAUGAAGGAAGUCAUUGAUGAAGUUGGUCAUGAAAAGGUUGUGCAAAUAGUUACAGACAAUGCUGGGAAUUGUAAGGGUGCCGGGGCAAUAAUUGAAGGUAUCUUCCCACAUAUCUAUUGGACUCCUUGCGUUGUUCAUACAUUGAAUCUUGCUUUGAAGAACAUUUGUGCAGCAAAGAACCUUGAAUCUAACCAAGAAACAUAUGAGGAGUGUCAUUGGAUCACAGAAGUUUAUGGUGAUGCCGUGCAUAUAAAAAAUUACAUAAUGAAUCACUCCAUGAGACUUGCCAUGUAUAACCAUUUUAGUCCUUUGAAGUUGCUUUCGGUUGCUGAAACCCGUUUUGCUUCGGUAGUUGUUGUCCUGAAAAGAUUUAAACUUAUUAAACGUUCCUUAGAAGCAAUGGUUUUAAGUGAACAAUGGAUACAAUAUCGAGAUGAUAAACAAGGGAAUGCUAGAUUUGUUCGAGAUAAAGUGUUGGAUGAAUCUUGGUGGGCACAAGUUGAUUAUAUUAUUGCUUUCACUGCACCGAUGUAUGAUAUGAUCAGAACAUGUGAUACAAACAAGCCAACUCUACAUUUGGUUUGUGACUUAUGGGACACUAUGAUACAUGAAGUGAGGACAAUUAUUUAUAGGCAUGAAGACAAGUCCUUUAAUGAAGAGUCUCCCUUCUUUAAUGUGGUUCAUCACAUUCUUCUGGAUCGCAGGGGAAAAACUGAAAAAGUAUUACUCCCCUCCAUUGUCUGGCACAUUCACUAAACCCGCAGUUCUAUACUGACCAAUGGGUUAAUGCAAGACAAGGAAGAGUGCUUCCUCAUAUGGAUGGAGAGCUAUCUCUUGAACGAAAUAAGUGCUUUAGAAGAAUUUUCUCUCUCGAAGAACGUCGUCAAGUGAUGAGUCAGUUCGCUGACUUUUCUCUCAAAAGCGGAGCAUUUCAAGAUCCCGAUUCUAUUGGUAGUAGAUACGAAAUGGAGCCAAAAAGGUGGUGGGCAUUAUUUGGUUCAUGUGCUCCUUCACUUCAAAAAAUGGCUUUUAAAGUGCUUGGACAACCUACUUCGUCUUCUUGCUCUGAAAGAAAUUGGAGCUCUUACUCAUUUAUCCAUUCUUUUAGAAGGAAUAAACUGUUGCCAAAACGUGUUGAGGAUUUGGUAUUCACUCACAAUAAUCUCCGUCUUCUGUCACGGGCAUCUCCAGACUAUUUAAAUGAGAAGCACAAGAUGUGGGACAUUGGCGGAGACGAUUUCGGGAGCAUGGAAGACAUUGGAAUACUUGAAUUUGCAAAUUUAUCGCUUGAUGAGCCUGAAUUGGAAAUAGUGCUGAUAAAAGACUCGGAUGUAAAUGUGACUAGGGAAUCAGAUGCUAUUUAGUUCUACAUUUUACUACUCUUUGAAACAUUAUUAUAACUGUAAUUUUUGCACACUUAUGGUUGUAAUUUUUUGCCCACUUAUGAUCGUAAUUGUUGCCGACUUAUGAUUGUAAUUUUUGCUGACUUGUGGUUGUAAUUUUUUGCCAACUUAUGAUUGUAAUUUUUUGUAAACUUAUGAUUGUAAUUUUUUGCCCACAUAUUACUUAUGAUACAUAAUAUUUGUACAUAUUUGU